CAUUCGAGAUGACAAAUGGCCUUGCUCCGGUCUCCGGCUGCAUGAAUCAACGUCGCCAUCGUUAGGAAAGAUCGUUUGAGGGGUCCGCAGAGCUUCCACAGAGGAACGGUCUGGCCGAGCAAGCAUGCAGGUUGACUCAGGAUGGGUGGCCGUCUGUACCGUGUACCUUGUUCACCUGCUGCCGGACAAGGUGACGAGUUUCCCCGCGGACAUACGGACGUCUCCCAUGCCUACAGCAGACUCAGGUCUCUUCGUGCCCAGAGGCGUGUGGAUGGAAGCUAACCACAGAAAAAUUCCGACAAAAGACCUGAUGACAACGGUCUAUGCUGAAGAUAUUUACUUCGAGCCAACAGACAAACCAUUGGAGAACGAGACACAACAAGAAGAGAACGUGACAAAUCCUUCAAGAUCAAAAGAAGCCAAGGGUCAAACGUCUGAAGAUACAUCUAGUGGGGAUUAUAACGUGGGGAUUGGUCGUCCGGAUUUGCAUAUUCCGAGGCCAUCUUUGCCUACGAGAUUCGACACGCCCAGGGACAUGAAACGGGGAAAUUCCCGGUUACGGCAUUCUCAUAACGGUUUCACCGCUACCACCAGACCUACACAGAUGACAUCAGGUACAAACUCCCACGUAACUGUGCCUAGAUCUGGUAUCACUGAGUGGGAAAGGUCUAAGUCUUACGACGGGUCACGACAAGGCGACGGAAAUGGUACACGUGGAGUAAGACUGAAGACGACGGCAACGACCAGGAGAGGCAGAGGCCGGAGUACCGGCCACGGGUCUAUGAUGGCCGCCUCUCGCCGCGUCGUGAGACGAGGGGACAUCGUCGGGUCUGGAUACUACGAGAAAGGCUUACAGGAUUCCCACGUCGCUGUCGUUACUGCAGAAGAAGAAAUGCCUGCUACCCAGAUCCCUAUCAAGGCUACAAAGAGCUCGCGUGUCCCGAACAAGGACUUCCAAUGCCCCGACGAUUACUGCGAGAACAACGGUAUCUGCACGGUGAUUAAAGGACAGCCGAGGUGCGCGUGUCUGCCCACGUUUGCCGGGGACCGCUGCCAGGAAUUCGUCGGCGGCAUGAUCGUCAACUUCUCCGUCAACGAGCCCGUCUUCGCGUCGGUUCGGAUCUGGUGGGAGAUCGACAUCCGCUACCCGAUCUCGGGAUUCCAGCUGGAUUGCUACAUGCAGGGGUUAGACUACGAGUUUAAAUACUCCGUUCAACUGGACGCUUUCACCAGGAACUUUACGCUGGAGGGCCUUCACCCCGAUGUGAACUACCGGGCGUGCGUGUCGCCCAUUGCCGACGGGAUGGUACGAGUGCCCGUGAACUUCGAUAACUGCAAGGACUUCUCCAUCGCCGAACCCUGGGAGGAGGCGGAGAAGAGAGUGGCCAUCAUUUCUGACUCCGCCAUAUGGAUUCUGCUGCUGCUUGUGUUCUUGACAGUGUACGCCGCGUCCAGAUACUGUCGGCAGUGGUGAUUGCUAUUGAAUCUGCAAUAAAUCUGUUACGAUAGAACUAGAGUUAGAAUAUUAUCAUGAAAGUUCAUCUGUGCUGGUAGUUACAU